AUGUCCUCGCACGCAAAUCAGCCUGUCUGUCCUACUGUCACCGGAGUCACCAUUGAAUCCACGGCGGACGCUCUCAAAAUCGUAAAGGCAUGUCAAAAGCAAUACUUCCACUGUGUACCACGCCGCCCUCUGGACAACGAACGCUCAGACCUGAUAAAGUCUGGAAACGUCUUCGUCUACGAGGAGAAUGAAUCCCGAAUAAAGAGAUGGACGGAUAGCAUCCGGUGGAGCCCCAGCAGGGCCAUGACAAACCUCUUGGUCUAUCGUGAGGUGUUUGACAAGUUCAAGCCUGGUGGGAGAAGGGUUAUUAGACCGAACGCUAGAAACCCCCGUAUGCAGCCAUAUCCGCCAGGUCGGCCGUCUUCUCGUGAUCAUGAUCAUGGUGAUGGUCAUCUGGACGGCUCUGCGUCUCCUCAGGAGAUGGGCCAGGAUUUACCAAUGCUGGAUCCAUUGCUUCAGGCCCUUCGCCCUGAUGAGAGGAAGGCCGUGGUGGGGUCUCUUCACGACUCAUACCUCUUCAAGGAGGACGGACUGUGCAAGAAGACUUUGGCGGUCACAAUCGACCAAUAUAAGUAUCACAUCGUGGCUUAUUUCAAGAUAUCGGACGUCUUGAAUAAGACUUUGAGGCGACCAGAGGAAAUCUAUCCAUUCCUCAGGGAGAUUGAUGUGAGGAACGUGGCUGAGAUGAAUCCCAGAUAUAAACACCACAUUGAUGUUUCUGGAAGGUAUGAUAAGGAUGGACAGCCACUGUAUGACGAUGAUAAAGACGGAAUGCAAGAUAUGGAAGUCAGCGUAUACGAUAGCGGUUCGAGUGACAUGGGUGAUAUACAGCAUCAGCAAGAGCCUCCACCAGAACGUCAGCUACCACUACCACUUCGGAAUCCCCACGGCGGGUACAGGCACGAGAUGAUCGAAAUCCCGUACGGGCAUCAACAAGUAUUGCAUCAGCAUCAGCAACAGCACCAUCAGCACCACCACCACCAGCAAUUUUUGCAGCAACAAUCAUUUCCCCCAUUGCAGCAUCAACACAUCCAGCAACAAAUGCCGACCCAUCCGCAUAUGCAGCAGUUAUGCGGGAUUCCUUUCCAACAACUCUCUGAAACGGCAACUUUCCAACCGCUGCAGGAACCUGCCAUCCCACAGGAUAGCAACCUCUUCGCAUUGUACCCGCAAACAGAACCAAUAUACCAUGCACCCGCCUAUCAACCGCCGCAGGAACAGUCACGAUCGAUGCUUCCCGCCCACGAACCGCGAUCUAUGCCCAAUGAGAGUGUUCCCUUCCCAGGCGAGCCACCCUUUCCGUACCGGAGGCCUGCCAAUAUGGAGCCAAGCGUCCAGCACUUUUCAAAUAAUACCGAAUUGAAGAACUAUCAAUUCGCCAAGAAGAGGGACGAGGAUGGGGGUGCCCCAGUGAGCAACUUUCGGCAGCCUGUCGCUCCAAUCACUGCGUCGGAAUCUCGCCUUCCAGAGCAGUGGAACUCAGGGGGGAUCAUUGAUAACUACCAUCAUGAGACAUAUGAGUGGGAAGCGUAG